GCUCGCGGUCUUCCCUCCCCCUCUGUUUGUGUUUCGACAACGCGGUGUGUGUGUGUGUGUGUGUGUGUGUGUGUGCGCGCGCGCGUGUGCGCGUGUGUGCGCGCGCGCGUGCGGCGGGGAAGGGGCGGGGAGAGUGUGAGGGAGCAGCCGGAGGUUGAGAGGGGCUCGCGGAGCUCCAGCUCCACAGCGGUACAACCUUCAGCCCGGGCAGGCGAGAGGGAGAGCGCUGACAGCCGCCGUCCCGAGCUGCCGCGGGCGCCGCCAGAGCCCAGCGCCGACUUCCCCGCCUCCACCGCCAACGGUGAAGGAGAAAGAGGGACCCACCACCCCCCCGCCCCAAACAAAAAGCCUUGUGGAUUACAAAGUGAAACUGACACGGGACAAUAAAAGCAAAGGGCACGAGGUCAGGGGCGAGGCGCACUAGAGUGGGCUUCUGACUGGGGCCGCCGGAGAAGGAGCCCCCUGGCAUGGUGAGGGGAGGGGACUCGGGGACAGCGCGCUGCUCCUGCCCGACCCCGGCGAGGCCGAGAAGAAAGCGGGACCUGCGCUCGAUUUGGAUGUACAAAUAAUGGGUCGGCAGGCGUCCCGGCAGAGGUAAAAAAAAAAAAAAAAAAAAAAAAAAUGCUGAGGAGCGCUGGAUUUUGCCUGUGCCCGACUAAGGGCUCGAAGCCGCAGCAGGGGCGGCGGCGGCUCCUGCUGGAGGAGAAGGGACGGAGCUGAGCGCUCCCGGGUACCGGAACCCUAGCGCCAAAGCGAGCGCUUGGAACGCAGUUUGCUAGCUGCCCGCGCUCAGACGCCGCCGCCUGGGCCUCAGCGGCCACUUCUGCAGCCCUGUUGGAGGGGCUUUGCAACCUUGUUCUUGAGGAGAGGGGACUCGAGGAAAUCCCUCGUCUCCAGCUUUUGGGAAAGCAAUUUGAUAAUCUCCAGGUUCCCCAUCGCCCCCUCCCCAGUGCGCAGUUGUUCUUUCCACACACCGCUACGGACGUUUGUCCUUCCCUCUUCAGUUUCUUCGCCUUGGGUAAGUUCUAAAGUUUCUGAAGACAAUUGUUUGCAAUGAUUCCUCAUAUACCUUAAAUACAGGCAACCUCUCCCAACUCACAUCCACCCAGCCGAAAACGCUCAGGCUUUCUGGAUUCGAAAGCAAAGUGAAGGGGGAAAAUAUAGGAGGUUUGAGAAACUUUUCUGGGGACUCGUCAACAAACAGGAGUGCCCCGAGGAAUGCCCUGCCGCUUUUUCCUUUUUCCUCAUCUCUCCCGCGCUACGCGUCCAAAUGGCUACCUGGAGCCUUUUGCUGAUGCGACUUGCUUCUGCUGGACUGGAGGUUCUUUGAAAUAGCAGAGCUCUCAGACAGAUACAUCGGCUGCAUGUUUGCUGGUGCCUACUUGAUCCCUGUCAUUAUCACUCUUUUUUGCCUCACCUCUUCCUUCUCUUUAUCACACCGUUCCAGGGAGCCAGGACCAUGGACUUGGCAGCAGACAGGGCUUCUGGCCGCCCGUGGCUCCCGCUGCCCACUUUAUCAUUAUUUCAGCUCCUUCGCGUCUUUUGGCUGCUGUCACUGCUACCGCGGCCGGCCCGGGUCAGCGGGGCCGAGCAGCGCCAGGUGUUUCAGGUGCUGGAGGAGCAACCUCCCGGCACGCUGGUGGGUACCAUCCAGACGCGCCCAGGCUUCACCUACCGACUCAGCGAAAGCCACGCCCUGUUUGCCAUAAACAGUAGCACCGGGGCCCUGUACACCACUGCCACCAUCGACCGCGAGAGCCUACCCAGCGACGUGAUCAACCUGGUGGUUCUUUCCAGCUCACCCACCUACCCCACCGAAGUGCGAGUGUUGGUGCGGGACCUCAAUGACAACGCCCCGGUCUUCCCUGAACCCUCGAUUGUGGUCACUUUCAAGGAGGACAGUAGCAGCGGGCGGCAAGUCAUCUUGGAUACGGCCACCGACUCAGACAUCGGCUCCAAUGGUGUGGACCACCGGUCCUAUCGCAUCAUCCAGGGCAACGAGGCGGGUCGCUUCCGCCUGGACAUCACCCUGAACCCGAGUGGCGAGGGCGCGUUCCUGCAUCUGGUGUCCAAGGGCGGACUGGACCGCGAGGUCACGCCGCAGUACCAACUACUGGUGGAAGUGGAGGACAAGGGAGAGCCGAAGCGGCGGGGCUACCUUCAGGUAAACGUAACUGUGCAGGACAUUAAUGACAACCCCCCAGUUUUUGGUAGUUCCCACUACCAGGCGGGGGUGCCUGAGGACGCGGCGGUGGGCUCCAGCGUCCUCCAGGUGGCGGCAGCGGACGCGGACGAGGGCACCAACGCGGAUAUCCGCUACCGGCUGCAGGACGAGGGGACCCCCUUCCAAAUGGACCCCGAAACUGGGCUUAUCACGGUGCGGGAGCCCCUGGACUUCGAGGCCCGGCGCCAGUACUCGCUUACCGUGCAGGCUCUGGACCGAGGCGUGCCUUCCCUCACCGGGCGCGCCGAGGCGCUGAUUCAGCUGCUGGACGUCAACGACAACGACCCGGUGGUGAAAUUCCGCUACUUCCCUGCCACCUCACGCUACGCCUCGGUAGAUGAGAACGCUCAGGUGGGCACUGUGGUGGCUCUGCUCACCGUGACGGACGCAGACUCCCCCGCGGCCAACGGGAACAUCUCCGUGCAGAUCCUUGGGGGCAACGAGCAGCGCCACUUCGAGGUGCAGAGCAGCAAAGUGCCGAACCUGAGCCUCAUCAAAGUAGCCAGCGCCCUGGACCGGGAGCGCAUCCCUUCUUACAACCUAACGGUUUCUGUCUCUGAUAACUACGGGGCGCCCCCUGGCGCGGCGGUUCAGGCGCGCUCUUCUGUGGCGAGCUUGGUGAUUUUCGUCAAUGACAUCAAUGACCACCCUCCCGUCUUUGCCCAACAAGUGUACCGAGUGAACCUGAGCGAGGAGGCGCCCCCGGGAAGCUACGUGAGUGGAGUGUCUGCCACUGACGGCGACUCUGGUCUCAAUGCUAAUCUGCGUUACAGCAUUGUCUCUGGGAAUGGACUCGGUUGGUUCCACAUCAGUGAACACAGCGGCCUGGUGACCACUGGGCUUGCUGGGGGCUUGGACCGUGAACUCGCUUCCCAGAUUGUGCUGAAUAUCAGUGCUCGGGACCAGGGGGUUCACCCCAAGGUUUCCUAUGCCCAGCUUGAAGUCACCCUCCUGGAUGUGAAUGAUGAAAAGCCAGUAUUUACCCAGCUGGAAGGAUAUGAUGUGUCCGUGGUUGAGAAUGCCCCAACAGGGACUGAACUACUGGUGCUUGGGGCAACUGAUGGGGACCUGGGUGACAAUGGGACAGUGCGUUUCUCCCUACAAGAGUCUGAGACUGACCAGAGGUCCUUCCGCCUGCAUCCUGUGUCGGGGAAGUUGAGUACUAUCUCCUCCUUGGACAGGGAGGUGCAAGCUUUCUACUCCCUGUUGGUUCUGGCCACAGAUCUGGGCUCCCCUCCCCAGUCAUCAGUGGCUCGAAUAAAUGUGAGCCUCCUGGAUAUUAAUGACAACAGCCCUGUGUUCUACCCAGUCCAGUACUUUGCUCAUAUUCAGGAGAAUGAGCCUGGAGGUAGCUACAUCACCACAGUGUCUGCCACUGACCCAGACUUGGGUCUCAAUGGAACUGUCAAAUAUAGUAUAUCAGCUGGGGACAGGUCUCGGUUUCAGGUCAAUGCUCAGAGUGGGGUUAUUUCUACAAGAAUGGCCCUAGACAGAGAAGAAAAAACUGCUUACCAGUUGCAAAUAGUGGCUACUGAUGGUGGCAAUUUACAAUCUCCAAACCAGGCAAUAGUAACCAUCACUGUAUUGGACACUCAAGACAACCCACCUGUAUUCAGCCAGGCUGCCUACAGCUUCGUGGUCUUUGAGAAUGUGGCUCUGGGAUAUCAUGUGGGUAGUGUGUCUGCAUCCACCAUGGAUCUCAAUUCCAACAUCAGUUAUCUCAUUACUACUGGGGAUCAGAAAGGUAUGUUUGCUAUCAACCAGGUCACUGGGCAGCUUACCACAGCAAGUGUGAUUGACAGAGAAGAGCAAUCCUUUUAUCAGCUGAAAGUAGUAGCCAGUGGGGGCACAGUGACUGGAGACACGAUGGUUAACAUCACAGUUAAGGAUUUAAAUGACAACUCUCCCCAUUUCCUUCAGGCAGUAGAGAGUGUGAAUGUGGUAGAGAAUUGGCAGGCAGGUCACAGCAUUUUCCAAGCCAAAGCUGUGGACCCUGAUGAAGGUGUCAAUGGCAUGGUACUCUAUAGCCUGAAGCAAAACCCCAAGAACCUCUUUACUAUCAAUGAAAGGAAUGGUAAUAUUAGUCUGCUAGGACCCCUGGAUGUUCACGCUGGUUCCUACCAGAUAGAGAUCUUGGCAUCUGACGUGGGUGUUCCCCAGCUCUCCUCUAGUUUCAUCUUAACAGUUUAUGUCCAUGAUGUAAAUGACAACGCACCAGUGUUUGACCAGCUUUCUUAUGAGGUCACCCUUUCUGAGUCAGAACCUGUGAAUUCUCGAUUCUUUAAAGUGCAAGCUUUUGAUAAGGAUUCAGGAGCAAAUGGUGAAAUUGCAUACAGCAUUGCUGAAGGCAACACGGGGGAUGCUUUUGGCAUAUUCCCAGAUGGUCAAUUGUAUAUAAAAAGUGAACUGGACCGUGAACUUCAAGACAGAUAUGUUUUACUGGUUGUUGCUUCUGACAGAGCAGUGGAACCCCUUAGUGCUACUGUGAAUGUUACUGUAGUUUUAGAAGAUGUAAAUGAUAACAGACCUCUUUUUAACAGUACCAAUUACACAUUUUACUUUGAAGAAGAACAGAGAGCUGGGUCGUUUGUGGGCAAAGUAAAUGCUAUAGAUAAAGACUUUGGGCCAAAUGGAGAAGUAAGGUAUUCUUUUGAAAUGGUGCAGCCAGAUUUUGAGCUGCAUGCAAUUAGUGGGGAAAUUACAAAUACUCAUCAGUUUGACAGGGAGUCUCUUAUGAGGCGGAGAGGUACUGCAGUGUUUAGCUUUACAGUCACUGCAACAGAUCAGGGGCUCCCUCAGCCUCUCAAGGAUCAGGCCACAGUACAUGUUUACAUGAAGGACAUAAACGAUAAUGCUCCCAAAUUUUUAAAAGACUUUUACCAAGCGACAAUAUCAGAGUCAGCAGCCAACCUGACACAAGUUUUAAGAGUAUCUGCCUCAGAUGUUGAUGAAGGUAAUAAUGGACUUAUUCAUUAUUCUGUAAUAAAAGGAAAUGAAGAAAGGCAGUUUGCUAUAGACAGUACCUCUGGUCAGGUGACACUUAUUGGCAAAUUAGACUACGAAGCAACACCUGCCUAUUCCCUUGUCAUUCAAGCAGUGGAUUCAGGGGCAGUUUCCCUCAAUUCGACUUGUACCUUAAAUAUUGAUAUUUUAGAUGAAAAUGACAAUACCCCUUCUUUCCCUAAAUCAACACUAUUUGUUGAUGUUUUGGAAAACAUGAGAAUUGGUGAACUCGUGUCCUCUGUUACUGCAACUGAUUCAGAUUCAGGUGACAAUGCUGACUUACACUACAGUAUUACUGGGACUAACAAUCAUGGAACUUUCAGCAUUAGCCCAAACACUGGGAGUAUUUUUCUUGCCAAAAAAUUGGACUUUGAGACACAGUCUUUGUACAAAUUAAAUAUAACAGCAAAAGACCAAGGAAGGCCUCCUCGUUCAUCUACAAUGUCAGUGGUUAUACAUGUGAGAGACUUUAAUGACAAUCCUCCUAGCUUCCCUCCUGGGGAUAUUUUCAAGUCUAUUGUUGAGAACAUUCCCAUUGGAACGUCUGUCAUUUCAGUGACUGCACAUGACCCUGAUGCAGACAUUAAUGGGCAACUCUGCUAUACGAUCAUCCAACAGAUGCCAAGGGGCAACCACUUUGGCAUAGAUGAAGUCAAAGGCACUAUCUAUACAAAUGCUGAAAUAGAUCGGGAAUUUGCUAAUCUCUUUGAGUUAACUGUAAAAGCCAAUGAUCAAGCUGUGCCCAUUGAAACUAGAAGGUAUGCUUUGAAAAAUGUGACCAUUUUGGUUACAGACCUCAAUGACAAUGUUCCAAUGUUUAUAUCACAAAAUGCCCUGGCUGCCGACCCUUCAGCUGUGAUUGGUUCUGUUCUGACAACAAUUAUGGCUGCCGACCCAGAUGAAGGGUCGAAUGGAGAGGUGGAGUAUGAGAUCAUCAAUGGGGACACAGACACCUUCAUUGUGGAUCGUUAUAGUGGAGACUUGAGAGUGGCUUCAGCGCUGGUGCCUUCUCAGCUGAUCUAUAACCUCAUAGUUUCAGCAACAGACCUUGGCCCUGAAAGGAGGAAAUCAACCACUGAAUUGACCGUCAUUCUUCAGGGCCUUGAUGGACCUGUUUUUACACAACCCAAAUAUAUAACUAUUUUGAAGGAAGGAGAACCCAUUGGCACCAAUGUGAUAUCAAUAGAAGCAGCUAGCCCUAGAGGAUCUGAAGCCCCAGUGGAGUAUUAUAUUGUUUCAGUCCGUUGUGAAGAAAAAACUGUGGGACGUCUCUUUACUAUUGGACGACAAACUGGCAUAAUUCAGACUGCAGCCAUUCUGGACCGCGAACAAGGAGCCUGUCUUUACCUGGUGGAUGUUUAUGCCAUAGAAAAAUCAACUGCUUUUCCCAGAACACAGAGAGCAGAGGUAGAAAUAACACUUCAGGAUAUCAAUGACAAUCCACCAGUGUUCCCAACCGACAUGCUGGAUCUCACAGUGGAGGAGAACACUGGAGAUGGCUCUAAGAUUAUGCAACUAACAGCCAUGGAUGCUGACGAGGGUGCAAAUGCUCUUGUCACAUACACAAUCAUUAGUGGAGCCGAUGACAGUUUCCGAAUUGACCCUGAAUCUGGAGAUCUGAUAGCUACCAAGAGGUUGGACAGGGAACGCCGUUCCAAAUAUUCCUUGCUGGUUCGUGCAGAUGAUGGUCUUCAGUCCUCAGAUAUGAGAAUAAAUAUCACUGUCAGCGAUGUGAACGACCACACACCCAAGUUCUCCAGGCCUGUGUACUCUUUUGACAUCCCAGAAGACACUACCCCAGGCAUCAACUCCCAGUUGGCUUACAGCAUUGCUUCUGGUGAUAGCCUUGGGCAGUUUACAGUUGACAAGAAUGGGAUACUGAAAGUCCAGAAAGCUUUGGAUCGGGAAAGUCAGUCCUUCUACAAUCUGGUCGUUCAAGUGCACGACCUGCCACAGCUUCCAGCCUCCAGAUUCACAAGCACUGCUCAAGUCUCCAUUAUUUUGUUGGAUGUAAAUGAUAACCCACCAACAUUUCUUUCCCCUAAAUUGACAUACAUUCCAGAAAACACACCUAUUGAUACCAUUGUUUUCAAAGCGCAAGCAACUGACCCAGACAGUGGCCCAAAUAGCUAUAUUGAGUACACCCUACUGAACCCUUCGGGAAACAAGUUCAGUAUUGGGACCAUUGAUGGAGAAGUGAGACUCACUGGAGAACUGGAUCGAGAAGAGGUUUCUAAUUAUACUCUAACAGUGGUGGCUACAGACAAAGGUCAACCAUCUCUCUCUUCAUCUACAGAGGUUGUAGUUAUGGUACUUGACAUCAACGAUAAUAACCCUGUUUUUGCACAGGCCAUGUAUAAAGUGGAGAUUGAUGAAAAUACACUUACUGGAACGGAUAUAAUACAAGUAUCUGCAGCAGAUGGAGAUGGAGGUACAAAUGGACAGGUCCGCUACGGCAUUAUUGAUGGUAAUGCCAAUCAGGAAUUUCGGAUCGACUCAGUCACAGGUGCAAUCACUGUGGCUAAGCCCUUGGAUAGAGAGAAGACCCCUACUUACUUUUUAACUGUUCAGGCAACAGAUCGGGGCAGCACCCCCAGAACCGAUACCUCCACUGUCAGCGUUGUUCUACUGGAUAUUAAUGAUUUUGUUCCCAUAUUUGAGCUAUCUCCCUAUUCUGUAAAUGUCCCUGAGAAUUUGGGGACACUACCCAGAACAAUUCUUCAGGUCGUGGCAAGAGAUGACGAUCAAGGUUCUAACAGCAAACUCUCAUAUGUUCUAUUUGGUGGUAAUGAAGACAAUGCUUUUACUCUCUCAUCUAGUGGAGAACUUCGAGUGACACAGAGUUUGGACCGUGAAACAAAGGAGCAUUUUGUCUUGUUGAUCACAGCUACAGAUUCAGGAUCCCCUGCCCUGACCGGAACUGGAACUAUCAAUGUCAUAGUGGAUGACGUCAAUGACAAUGUCCCCACUUUUGCCAGUAAAAUGUAUUUCACAACAAUUCCUGAAGAUGCCCCAACUGGGACAGAUGUUUUAUUGGUAAAUGCCUCAGAUGCUGAUGCUUCAACAAAUGCAGUAAUCAGUUAUAGGAUCAUUGGUGGAAAUUCUCAGUUCACCAUCAACCCAUCCACAGGACAAAUCAUCACCAGUGCGUUGCUAGACAGGGAAACAAAAGAGAAUUACACUUUAGUGGUCGUUGCCAGUGAUGCUGGAUCCCCGGAGCCUCUUUCCAGUUCCACCAGUGUGCUUGUCACGGUGACUGACGUCAAUGACAACCCACCAAGGUUUCAGCAUCACCCAUAUGUCACACACAUCCCGUCGCCUACUCUUCCAGGUUCCUUCGUCUUUGCGGUUACUGUCACAGAUGCUGAUUUUGGACCCAAUUCUGAACUACAUUAUUCUCUUUCGGGUAGAAACUCUGAAAAAUUUCACAUUGACCCACUGAGAGGAGCUAUUAUGGCAGCCGGACCACUAAAUGACACUUCAGAAGUGACGUUUUCUGUACAUGUAAAAGACGGUGGCUCAUUCCCAAAGACAGAUUCUACAACAGUGACUGUUCGAUUUGUGAACAAAGCAGAUUUCCCUAAAGUCAGAGCCAAAGAACAAACUUUCGUGUUUCCUGAAAACCAACCAGUAGGCACUCUUGUCACUACCAUAACGGGGUCCUCCUUGAGAGGAGAACCUUUGUCCUAUUAUAUUGCAAGUGGGAAUCUUGGCAACACAUUUCAGACUGAUCAGUUAUCAGGGCAGGUGUCCAUUAGUCAACCUCUGGAUUUUGAAAAGAUACAAAAAUAUGUUGUAUGGAUAGAAGCCAGAGAUGGAGGUUUCCCUCCUUUCUCCUCUUAUGAGAAACUUGACGUAACAGUAUUAGAUGUCAAUGAUAAUUCCCCAGUUUUUAAGGAAGAUCCAUUUGUAUCUGAAAUAUUGGAAAACCUUUCUCCUCGAAAAAUACUUACUGUUUCUGCAGUGGACAAGGAUAGUGGACCCAAUGGACAGUUAGACUAUGAAAUUGUUAAUGGCAACAGAGAACAUAGUUUCAGUAUCAAUCAUGCUACUGGUGAAAUUAGAAGCAUUCGACCUUUAGACCGGGAAAAAAUAUCUCAGUAUGUGCUUACCAUAAAGUCCUCAGACAAAGGCUCCCCUUCUCAGAGUACCUCAGUAAAAGUCAUCAUUAACAUUUUAGAUGAAAAUGAUAAUGCCCCUAGGUUUUCGCAAAUAUUCAGUGCCCACGUUCCUGAAAAUUCCCCAUUAGGGUACACAGUUACACGUGUCACAACAUCUGAUGAAGAUAUUGGUGUAAAUGCAAUUAGUAGAUACUCUAUAAUGGACACAAGUCUUCCAUUUACGAUUAAUCCCAGCACUGGGGAUAUCGUAAUUAGUAGACCUUUAAAUAGAGAAGACACAGACCGUUACAGAAUCCGAGUUUCUGCCCACGAUUCUGGAUGGACUGUAAGUACAGAUGUCACGAUAUUUGUGACAGAUGUCAAUGACAAUGCUCCAAGAUUUAGCAGACCAUCCUAUUACUUAGAUUUUCCUGAACUUACUGAAAUUGGCUCCAGAGUGACUCAGGUAUCUGCAACAGACCCUGAUGAGGGAUCAAACGGACAAGUGUUCUAUUUUAUAAAAUCUCAGUCAGAGUACUUCAGGAUUAAUGCCACCACAGGAGAGAUUUUCAAUAAACAGGUCUUAAUAUACCAAAACGUCAGUGGCUUCAGUAACGUGAACAUCAACAGACAUAGUUUUAUAGUGACAUCUUCAGAUCGAGGUAAUCCUGCAUUACUUAGUGAGACGACAGUUACCAUCAACACGGUGGACAGUAAUGACAACGCACCACGAUUUCUUAAACCUGCAUAUUUUACUCCAGUCACCAAACAUGUUAAAAUUGGUACAAAGUUAAUCAAAGUUACUGCAGUAGAUGAGAAAGAUUUUGGAUUGAAUUCUGAAGUGGAGUAUUUCAUUUCGAAUGAACAUCAUUUGGGAAAAUUUAAGUUAGACAAUAAUACGGGGUGGAUUUCAGUAGCAGCUCCCCUGAUAUCUGACUUGAAUCAAAACUUUUUGAUCACUGUCACUGCGAAGGAUAAGGGAAACCCUCCACUUUCAUCCCAAGCCACUGUUCACAUAAUUGUCACCGAGGAAAACUACCACACACCUGAAUUCUCUCAAAGCCACAUGAGUGCAACCAUCCCUGAAAGCCAUAGUAUUGGGGCCGUUGUCAGAACCGUUUCUGCAAGAGAUAGAGACACGGCUAUGAAUGGCUUGAUUAAGUACAGUAUUUCCUCAGGAAAUGAAGAAGGCAUCUUUGCAAUCAAUUCCUCCACAGGUGUAUUAACACUAGCCAAAGCUCUUGAUUAUGAGCUAUGCCAGAAACACGAAAUGACUAUUAGUGCUACAGAUGGAGGCUGGGUUGCAAGGACUGGUUACUGCAGUGUGACUAUAGAUGUGAUUGACGUGAAUGACAAUUCUCCAGUGUUCCUCCCUGAUGAAUAUUUCCCCGCUGUUUUGGAAAAUGCCCCCAGUGGGACAACAGUUAUCCACCUAAAUGCAACGGAUGCCGACUCUGGAACCAAUGCUGUGACUGCGUAUACUGUACAGUCAUCUGACAGUGACCUCUUUGUCAUUGACCCCAACACAGGGGUCAUCACCACUCAAGGCUUCUUGGAUUUUGAAACCAAGCAGAGCUACCACCUUACUGUGAAAGCUUUCAAUGUCCCCGAUGAAGAAAGGUGCAGUUUUGCCACUGUUAAUAUACAGUUAAAAGGGACAAAUGAAUAUGUGCCUCGUUUUGUUUCCAAACUUUACUAUUUUGAAAUCUCAGAAGCAGCUCCUGAAGGUACUAUUGUUGGAGAAGUGUUUGCCAGUGACCGUGAUUUGGGCACUGAUGGGGAAGUGCAUUAUUUGAUUUUUGGUGACAGUAGAAAGAAGGGUUUCCAGAUCAACAAGAAGACUGGACAAAUUUAUGUUUCUGGACUUCUUGAUAGGGAAAAAGAAGAAAGGGUAUCUUUGAAGGUACUGGCCAAGAAUUUUGGCAGCAUUAGGGGUGCAGACAUCGAUGAGGUCACUGUAAAUGUCACUGUGCUUGAUGCCAAUGACCCACCCGUUUUUAGUCUAAACAUCUACAGUGUUCAGAUCAGUGAAGGGGUCCCAACGGGAACUCAUGUGACCUUUGUCAGUGCCUUCGACUCAGACUCUGUUCCCAGCUGGAGUAGGUUUUCCUAUUUUAUUGGAUCAGGGAAUGAAAAUGGUGCCUUUUCCAUUAAUCCACAGACAGGACAGAUCACCGUUACUGCAGAAUUAGAUCGAGAAACCCUACCCAUUUAUAAUCUCACGGUUUUAGCUGUGGAUUCAGGGACCCCCUCAGCUACAGGAAGUGCCUCCUUAUUAGUCACCCUGGAAGAUAUAAAUGAUAACGGGCCUAUGCUGACCAUCAGUGAGGGAGAAGUUAUGGAAAACAAACGCCCAGGAACUCUGGUGAUGACCCUUCAGUCCACGGAUCCUGACCUCCCUCCAAAUCAAGGCCCCUUUACCUAUUACUUGCUGAGCACGGGUCCUGCCACCAGCUAUUUUAGUCUGAACACUGCUGGAGUUCUGAGCACGACUAGAGAGAUUGACAGAGAGCAAAUUGCAGACUUCUAUCUGUCUGUGGUCACUAGGGACUCCGGUGUUCCUCAGAUGUCUUCCACAGGAACCGUGCAUAUCACAGUGAUAGACCAAAAUGACAACCCUUCACAGUCUCGGACGGUGGAGAUAUUUGUUAAUUAUUAUGGCAACUUGUUUCCUGGUGGGAUUUUAGGCUCCGUGAAGCCACAGGAUCCCGAUGUGUUAGACACCUUCCACUGCUCCCUGACUUCGGGAGUUACGAGCCUCUUCAGUAUUCCAAGGGGCACUUGCAAUCUGAGUUCCCAGCCAAGGUCCACAGAUGGCACGUUCGAUCUGACUGUCCUCAGCAACGAUGGCGUCCACAGCACGGUCACGAGCAAUAUCCGAGUUUUCUUCACUGGAUUUUCCAACACGACAGUGGAUAACAGCAUCCUGCUGCGUCUCAGCGUACCAAGUGUAAAGGACUUCUUGACGAACCACUACCUUCAUUUCUUACGCAUUGCCAGUUCACAGCUGACUGGCCUCGGGACCGCUGUGCAACUGUAUGGGGCCUAUGAAGGGAACAAUAGAACAUUUCUUUUGGCAGCUGUGAAGCGAAGCCAUAAUCAGUAUGUGAAUCCCAGUGGUGUAGCCACCUUCUUUGAAAGCAUCAAAGAGAUCCUCUUCCGGCAGAGUGGAGUGAAGGUAGAAUCUGUAGAUCACGACUCCUGUGCUCCCGGCCCAUGUCAGAACGGAGGCAGCUGUGUAAGGAGACUGGCCGUGAGCUUCGAAUUAAAGAGCCAUGAGAGCCUACCGGUCAUCGUCGUGGCAAAUGAACCUUUGCAGCCUUUCUUAUGCAAGUGUCUGCCAGGCUAUGCUGGCAGCUGGUGUGAAAUAGACAUAGACGAAUGCCUUCCGUCCCCUUGCCACAAUGGUGGGACCUGUCACAAUUUAGUGGGAGGAUUUUCAUGCAGCUGCCCAGAUGGCUUCACUGGCAGGGCCUGUGAGAGAGAUAUCAACGAGUGCCUGCCUAGUCCCUGCAAGAACAGUGCCGUCUGCCAGAACUUUCCAGGAGGCUUCAACUGUGUUUGCAAAACUGGAUACACAGGGAAAAUGUGUGAAUCUCCAGUCAAUUACUGUGAAUGCAACCCCUGCUUUAAUGGUGGUUCCUGUCAAAGUGGUGUGGAGUCAUACUACUGCCAUUGUCCAUUUGGUGUCUUUGGAAAACACUGCGAGCUGAACAGUUAUGGAUUUGAGGAGUUAUCAUACAUGGAAUUUCCCAGCUUGGACCCCAAUAACAACUAUAUUUAUGUCAAAUUUGCAACUAUUAAAAGUCAUGCUUUAUUGCUUUACAACUAUGACAACCAGACAGGGGACCGGGCUGAGUUUUUGGCCCUUGAAAUUGCUGAAGAAAGACUAAGGUUCUCUUAUAACUUAGGCAGUGGUACCUAUAAACUCACCACCAUGAAGAAGGUGUCAGAUGGACAUUUUCAUACUGUGAUUGCCCGGAGGGCAGGAAUGGCAGCUUCCUUAACUGUGGACUCUUGUUCUGAGAACCAAGAACCAGGGUACUGUACUGUCAGUAAUGUGGCAGUUUCAGAUGACUGGACUCUUGACGUUCAGCCAAAUCGAGUCACAGUUGGAGGUAUCAGAUUGCUAGAACCAAUCCUUCAGAGGAGAGGACACGUAGAAAGCCACGAUUUUGUCGGGUGUAUAAUGGAGUUUGCCGUCAAUGGAAGGCCUCUGGAACCAAGCCAAGCUCUGGCAGCGCAAGGCAUCCUAGAUCAGUGCCCUAGACUAGAAGGUGCCUGUACUCACAGUCCCUGCCAACACGGUGGCACGUGUACGGAUUACUGGUCGUGGCAGCAGUGCCACUGCAGAGAAGGACUGACUGGGAAAUACUGUGAAAAAUCUAUUACUCCUGACACGGCCUUAUCAUUAGAAGGCAAAGGGCGCUUGGACUACCACAUGAGUCAGAAUGAGAAGCGAGAGUAUUUGUUGAGACAGAGCAUCCGAGGCGCCAUGUUGGAACCUUUUGGUGUGAACAGCCUGGAAGUAAAAUUCAGGACAAGAAGCGAGAAUGGCAUUUUAAUCCAUAUCCAAGAAAGCAGCAAUUACACUACUGUGAAGAUUAAGAAUGGCAAAGUACAUUUUACGUCAGAUGCAGGAAUUGCUGGGAAAGUGGAGAGAAAUAUUCCUGAAGUCUACGUCGCUGACGGCCACUGGCAUACUUUUCUAAUUGGAAAAAAUGGAACAACCACAGUAUUGUCCAUCGACAGAAUUUAUAACAGAGAUAUCAUUCACCCUACUCAGGAUUUUGGUGGCCUCGAUGUGCUCACUAUAUCCCUUGGCGGAAUUCCUCCUAAUCAAGCUCAUCGAGAUACUCAAACAGGGUUUGAUGGCUGCAUCGCUUCUGUGCUGUACGGCGGAGAAAGUCUUCCUUUCAGCGGGAAGCACAGCUUGGCCUCCAUUUCGAAGACGGAUCCCUCAGUGAAGAUGGGCUGUCGUGGCCCGAACAUUUGUGCCAGUAACCCCUGCUGGGGGGAUCUGCUGUGCAUCAAUCAGUGGUACGCAUACAAGUGCGUCCCCCCCGGGGACUGCGCCUCCCACCCGUGCCAGAACGGGGGCAGCUGUGAGCCAGGCCUGCACUCCGGCUUCACCUGUAGCUGCCCGGAGUCACACACAGGCAGGACCUGUGAGACGGUGGUGGCCUGUCUCGGUGUCUUCUGUCCUCCGGGGAGGGUGUGCAAGGCUGGAAGUCCCGGAGGGCACGUCUGUGUUCUGAGUCAGGGCCCCGAGGAGAUCUCCCUGCCCCUGUGGGCCGUGCCUGCCAUCGUGGGCAGCUGUGCCACCGUCCUGGCCCUCCUGGUCCUGAGCUUGAUCCUGUGUAACCAGUGCCGGGGGAAGAAGGCCAAAAAUCCCAAAGAGGAGAAGAAACCGAAGGAGAAGAAGAAAAAGGGAAGUGAGAACGUUGCUUUUGACGAUCCAGACAACAUCCCCCCCUACGGGGAGGACAUGACCGUGAGGAAACAGCCUGAAGGGAACCCGAAGCCUGAUAUCAUUGAAAGGGAGAACCCCUACCUCAUCUACGAUGAGACCGAUCUCCCCCACAACUCAGAAACCAUCCCCAGUGCCCCUUUGGCUUCACCGGAGCAAGAGAUCGAGCAUUACGACAUCGACAACGCCAGCAGCAUCGCCCCUUCGGACGCAGACAUCAUCCAACACUACAAGCAGUUCCGCAGCCACACCCCGAAAUUCUCCAUCCAGCGGCACAGUCCGCUAGGCUUCGCCAGGCAGUCCCCCAUGCCCUUAGGAGCCAGCAGCUUGACUUACCAGCCUUCCUACAGUCAAGGUUUAAGAUCCAGCUCCCUGAGCCACUCGGCUUGCCCAACUCCCAACCCUCUGUCUCGACACAGCCCCGCCCCUUUCUCCAAGUCCUCCACUUUCUACAGGAACAGCCCGGCCAGGGAACUGCACCUUCCGAUAAGGGAUGGAAAUACUUUGGAAAUGCACGGCGAUGUGUGCCAACCCGGCAUUUUCAACUACGCCGCGAGGCUGGGAAGGAGAAGCAAGAGUCCUCAGGCCAUGGCAUCUCAUGGCUCUAGACCGGGGAGUCGCCUGAAGCAGCCAAUUGGGCAGAUUCCUCUGGAAUCUUCUCCACCAGUAGGACUCUCCAUUGAGGAGGUGGAGAGGCUAAACACCCCUCGCCCUAGAAACCCAAGUAUCUGCAGUGCAGAUCACGGGAGGUCUUCUUCAGAAGAGGACUGCAGAAGGCCACUGUCCAGAACGAGGAACCCAGCGGAUGGCAUUCCGGCUCCAGAAUCUUCCUCUGAUAGUGACUCUCAUGAGUCUUUCACUUGCUCAGAAAUGGAAUAUGACAGGGAAAAACCAAUGGUAUAUACUUCCAGGAUGCCCAAAUUAUCUCAAGUCAAUGAAUCUGAUGCAGAUGAUGAAGAUAAUUACGGAGCCAGACUGAAGCCUAGAAGAUACCACGGCCGCAGGGCUGAGGGGGGACCUGUGGGCACACAGGCAGCAGCGCCCGGGGUUGCUGACAACACACUGCCCUUGAAGCUUGGGCAGCAAGCAGGGAAUUUCAACUGGGACAACCUUUUGAACUGGGGCCCGGGCUUUGGCCAUUAUGUAGAUGUGUUUAAAGAUUUGGCAUCUCUCCCAGAAAAAGCAGCAGCAAAUGAAGAAGGCAAAGGUGGGACAACUAAGCCAGCCCCCAAAGAUGGGGAAGCAGAACAGUAUGUGUGACCUUUGUGUGCUGGCAUUAUAAAAAUAUAAAAAACAAGAAACACUCAAACCAUUGUAAGGUUGCCGAAUAGGGUGGGUCACAUUUGCAAAACAGGCCAGUAUGAACUGGUGUUAGAGGAAAACUUAAAAAUAAUAACCACAAUGCUGCUGAAACAGACUCAAAACAACUCUUUAAUUUAAAUAUGUUUGGUUGAAUUUCUUUUCCUGCAUGCAUUGUAUUUUGUAACUAGUCAUGUGGCAUGCAGCGUUUGGAAAGGUUUUUCUUAUUUACCAAUGUUUGAUUUGUGACUUUUAAAAUUAAUACCGUUGCCAUUGCCGAAAUGAACUUGUGCUUUCACAGUGGGGUAUGUGUAUUGUUUCCAUUGUAUUAUUAUUGUCAUGUUUUGCAUUGCAAGAUCCUUGAGGUUUAACCCAUCUUUGUAAAGUGUAGAAAGAGCCCUCCUAUCCUUGAAUGAACGACUAAGUAUUAACACUUUUCAGAAUUAUGGAUUCCGCAUUCGAUGUUGCUCGGAAAUGUCUGAAUAUUUGAAUAUGUUUGUCAUGACAGUGGGUACUAAAAUUAAGUCAUUUUGUUCAGCACUUUAGAACUUUCUUACAAAGUUUUGUUAAAAAUUCCGAAUCUUUUCUGUAAACAAUUUUGGUCUUCUGACUUUCAUGAGGCUUCCACUUGGAACAAAAUGUUGUCCCCAGAACUCUGCCGCUCUCCUGCUGUGGAAUGAUGUCCUAGCAGCACUUCUCAGAGACACUUUUAAAAGUUAUUUAUUGAAAAAUGUUCUAUGCUUUUAAAAUUUUAAAGAAUCAACCUAAAGAAAGCCUAUGAUUGGACUUAGUUUUCAGCCAUUUAACAUUUACCCAAAGUACCCAGUUUUUAUAAUUUAUAUAAAGUCAAAUUUCAACACUUCUUAACUUUGUGUCAUUUUGUAGACCCUUUUUUUAAUACUGUGUAAAAACUUUUUUUUACACCGAAGCUGUGUUUUUGAUACUGAUAUUUUCCUAUGCUGAAUGGUUUUCUUACUUUCAGGGAAGGUAAGAAAAUACCUUUUUUACAUUUGUUACUUAUGUAACGUUCAUAUUUUUCACAGUUUGAUAUUUGUAACAUACUGUAUGCUUUCUACUUUUAAAUGCCAACGAUAGAAUUAAAAUAUUUAUUUAAAAUA